AUGCAGAGGGGCUGGCACGCAGUACAUGCCCUCUUGGAGAUUCCAGCGGCUUCGCCAUUGGCUUUGAUACUGCUUGCGCUGGAUUUGGUUCUAACCAGCUUAAUCGUUUGGAAAGUUCCCUUUACAAAUGUGGACUGGGAAGCUUAUAUGACAGAGGUGGAGUUCGUUCUUCGUGGUGAAUUUGACUACCAGCAGAUUUCCGGCCCCACAGGGCCCAUCGCCUAUCCAGCAGGCUUUUGCUGGCUCUACGGUAGCUUCCGCUGGUUAGCGCUGGAGUUGUCUCAGGUGCAGACCAUAUUUGCAGGGCUCUACCUAGCAACCAUGCUGGUCCUCUUGAAGAUCUACAGGCAUGCAAAGGCACCGCUCUGGGUCUUCGGGUUGUGUGUUCUGUCCCUGCGUUGUCAUUCGAUCUUCGUGCUUCGUCUCUUCAACGAUGCAGCUGCACAGUUCUUCUGCUACUUCGCACUGCUGCUUUUGCUUGAAGGUUGCCACAGGUCCUCAUCUUUGAUCUACUCGCUGUCAGUUAGCGUGAAGAUGCAGCCACUGCUGGUUUGCCCAGUGGUUGGCCUUUACUUGGUCUUGCAUGGCUGGAAGAAGGCCUUGAGUUGCAUUGCGACCAUGCUGGUGCUGCAGCUUUUCUUGGCCCUACCUUUCCUUCAGGCCAACCCUUGGGCAUAUCUCCGCUUGGCCUUCGGAGGCCCCGGCGAUUUGCAGCACGCCUGGUCCGUGAACUGGCGCUUCUUGCCGGAGGUGCUCUUUACCAGUCGUGCGUUUGUCCUCCCACUGCUGCUGCUCCACAUCCUUUUGCUCCUCUAUUUCGCCCACUUCCGGUGGAUUCCAGGUGGCUUCCUGGGGCGCAGCAUUCGUCGCUGGCACGUGGAGCCGGUCGCCCGAGCUGGUGCUUUGGAGCCCAAACAGCUGGUGGCCAUGUGGUUCACUUGCAACUUUAUUGGCAUCGCGUGCCUUCGCACCAUGCACUUCCAGUUCUUGGUUUGGUACUUCCACACCGUGCCCUUCCUCGCCUGGUUCGCCCUGGGGGCGACCUCGCUGCAGCGGUGCCUGGGGGUGGUGGCCUUGACCGGCCUGGUAGAGCUGAGCUUCUUGAUCACCACGCAUGGCCAAGUGCGCGGACCGGACGGCCGCAGCUGGAACACCAAGGGCGUGCCCAGCUGGCAGGGAAGCCUCAUCCUGCAGGCAUGGGUGCAGCAGAGAGUGAAGGAACAGAGCCAGCAAAGAGAGAUGCUGGAUCUCUUUGAUUUCGAGUCCGGCGGGAAGGCCAGGCUAAGCCUCGCGCAGCGGAGCUCCGGGUACUUCAAGAAUGGCGCAGCGCUCCUGGAGCUGGCUCUCAUCCAAUGGGCCACGCACCAGGCGGUGAAGCGAGGCUUCCAGCCCUUCAUUCCGCCAGACCUCGUGCGGGCUCCAGUGGUGGCGGGCUGCGGCUUUGCCCCCCGGGACGAUGAAGCUACCCAAGAGCAAUUGGCAGGUGAUUCAGAUCUUUGUCUAGCUGGAACAGCGGAGAUUCCUAUGGCAGGCAUGUUCCUGAACGAGACGCUGAUCGCUUCGAAGGAGCUCCCGAAGCGACUGGUGGCUUUCAGUCACGCCUUCCGGACCGAGGAGAGCCGUGGAGAGCCGUGGGCCGUUGGGGAGAAGGAAGGCAACGAGAGUUCUCUGGUCUACGGGCCGGAGGAAGUGCUGCGCGAGGUGGAGCUCUUUGCCGUGACCCGCAGCGAGGUCGAGGAGUCCAACAAGAUGUUGGAAGAGAUCCGAGCUUUAGAGGAGGAGCUCUUUACUGAGCUGGGCCUUUGCUUCCGAGUGCUGGACAUGCCCACGGAGGAGCUGGGGGCGCCAGCCUAUCGGAAGUACGACAUGGAGGAGAAGGGGUGGAAGGGGGCCUGGAUGCCGGGCCUGGAGAAGUGGGGUGAGAUCUCCUCCUGCUCCAGCUGCACCGACUUCCAGGCAAAGGGCGGCGAGCGGAAACGGAAGGCCAGACGUCUCAAUAUCCGUCACAAGGAGGAGUACAACCAGAAGGCCUCGCCCCCGGAGAAGCACUCGGGUGAUUUGGCAAAACUGGCACAUUGGGGACUUGAGAUCAACAUGGAUGAAGGUCGUUGGAAGAUCUCGUUUGGGUUGUGGAAGAUGUUGGAGGACCGUUUCAGCCCUCGAUUUGGAUCGGGGAACCUCCAGUUCGCCCACACGCUGAACGGCACCGCCUGCGCGGUGCCUCGGAUGAUCAUCUCCAUCUUGGAAACCUUCCAGAACGAGGCCCGCGGUACCGGGACCCGGAUCCGGAUCCGAAGGCACGGAGGAAGACGGAAGAGAAAGAGGAAGGACUGGAUCGAUGAGGAUUCAGAAUGCCCGCUCUUUUGGGAAGUCAAAUCCAAAUCCAUGAUGUUGCAUUAUAUUUAG